GCAGGGAGAAAGAGCCGCAGGAUCAUGAACGAGCGAGGUAGCAGCGAGGGGAAGAGGAGGAGGCAGUGGCAGAGGAUCCGCCGUUUCCUGCUGCAGCUAUAACGGGGCAAAGGGAAAACGAGCAGGAGGUUUGAAGCCGGAUCGGUGGGGGUUCUUUUUUUUUGAGCUGUCAUCUUGUGGAUAGAAAAGUCCCCCGGUUGCGCGAACGAGGUGUGAAGGGGAUAAUGCUGGAUUUCGUGAUCCCGUUGAGUAGCAGCGCCAGGCUGGAGAAGCUCAUCCCUCACAUAGAGAGGCUGUUCAGAGUAAGAGUGAGCGUCGGGCCUGCGGCAGAGAGCAGCAGAUGGGUCCACAUAGAGCAGGCAGCAGAGGCACAGGAGGGGCCCAGGAAAGCAAAGGAUUAUGUAUUAUCCUUGUGCUCUCCAGACCACAAGAAGUGCGAGAUUAUUACAUCAACUUUGCGGAAACAAUUAAUUGAGCUCAAGGAUACAAUUGAAUUUGAAAGUCAAGCCGUACUAGAAAUAAAAGAGAAGAGUAUUGAAAUAACAGGUGGACAAAUUAACGUAAUGACUGCCUGGUCAAUGUUUGAGAAGUUGAAUAUGGAGAACAGCUCCUCCAAAGAAGACAGGAAGCUUCAUCUAGACAUUGGUGACUGCAGGUCUGAUUCUGAGGACUGGACAAGCUCCGAAAGUGAUACAGAACAAUUCCCUAAUAAGAAAAAAGGGAAUGAGAUUGUGAGCAAACCACACAGACAACUCUGCCGCUCUCCUUGUCUUGAACGACCUGUUCUUUCCAAGUGCAGUGUCCUGCAGGAUUUUCAGAGUGAGGAUAAUAAAUCCAAAUUUGAUGAAGGCUGCAAGUCUACAAGUUUAGAUAAAGAAUACCAGGCCAAGAUGGAGUUUGCCUUAAAGCUAGGAUAUUCAGGAGAACAGAUACAAACUGUGCUCAAUAAACUGGGGUCAGAUGCUCUUAUUAAUGACAUUUUAGCGGAACUGGUCAGACUUGGUAACAAAAGUGAGUCGGAGCCACAGCCGAAUAGCAUGGGUAAUUCUGGUACCCUCGUACCAAGGGGCCAGUGUGUGAAGGAGAUCACUAGCCCAGAACUGUCUUUGGAGGAUGAAGUGGUGGAUGAUUCUGACAACUUGAGACCUAUAGUCAUCGAUGGAAGUAAUGUGGCAAUGAGUCAUGGAAACAAGGAAGUGUUCUCUUGCCUGGGAAUUCAGCUAGCUGCAGAGUAUUUCCUGGAAAAAGGACACAAGGACAUCACAGUGUUUGUUCCUGCUUGGAGAAAAGAACAGUCCAGACCAGAUGCACCAAUCAAAGAUCAAGAAAUAUUACGGAAACUUGAGAAAGAGAAAAUCCUGGUCUUUACACCAUCCCGAAGGGUGCAAGGGAGGAGAGUGGUCUGCUAUGACGAUCGAUUCAUAGUAAAGCUGGCCUUUGAAUCAGAUGGCAUUAUUGUGUCAAAUGAUAACUACAGGGAUCUGCAGAAUGAGAAACCUGAGUGGAAGAAAUUUAUAGAGGAACGUCUUCUAAUGUAUUCGUUCGUGAAUGAUAAGUUUAUGCCACCUGAUGAUCCUUUAGGACGUCAUGGUCCCAGCUUGGAUAAUUUUCUGCGAAAGCGUCCCGUUAUUCCUGAACAUAAGAAACAGCCUUGCCCUUAUGGGAAGAAGUGCACUUAUGGACACAAGUGUAAAUACUACCACCCUGAACGUGUUAACCAGCUACAGCGCUCAGUUGCCGAUGAGCUUCGUGCAAGUGCUAAGUUAUCGGCUGUGAAAACUAUGAGUGAAGGAGCCCUGGCAAAAUGUGGCAUCGCUAUAUCUGGUGUGAAAGGUGAAGCGGUCUCUGAGAUCAAGCGCGUCGCACCAAAGCGCCAGUCUGACCCCAGCAUACGAUCUGUUGUUUGUGAGCCAGAGGAGCGACUGACACCCGCUCACAGACUCGAGACUAACUCUGUGCCUUCUUUGGUCACUGCAUCUAGUGUACCUGCAUUUCAAGCUAAUAAAAACCACGCAGCCAGUGCCAUGAGUACAAGAUCUGCAAGCAGCCCUGUGCCAUGUUCCAAGCAAUUCACUCACCAGAAAUCUUCACAAGAGCAUAUAUCCACCUUGCAUUAUCCUCCCAUCCUUGUAACCAACAGCCAUGGGAAUUCUGUGAGUUACACAGAGCAGUAUCCAAAAUAUGACUCGACUCUGGACACCGGCUAUUAUUCCAUGAUAAAUGACUUCUCAAAUUUAAGUAUGAAUAGUUUGCGUAACCACGACAGUUAUUAUGGGUUAGAUUCGGAUCAUGGUUUGUAUUCCAGAAACCCCAGUCCUCAUUCAGAAACCUGCAUUGCAGGAAAUGACUCCUAUUCUUCAUACAAUGAUUUGGCAUACCUAGGCACUGUGGAUACAGGCCCAGAAGAGAAUGUGAAAGCUCAUCAACCACAGACACAAAAUAGGCUCCAACCUUUUGUUCAUGGUUACCAUGAGCCCAUAACAAGAGUACAGAGCUAUGGGCCCGAGGAGCCAAAGCAGCCCCAGCGUAAGCAGUCAGUCUCCCACUUGGUUCCUCAUAUCCAGCAUUCUGCAGUUGGAGCUCGUUCCAGUUGUCCUGGAGAUUAUCCGUUUCCUCAGAAAAUUCAUCCAUCUACUAAUAAUCAAACAGGACGGGCUCUUGUCAUGACUAGGCUAGACAGUAUUUCUGAUUCAAGACUGUAUGAGAGUAAUCCAAUGAGACAGCGAAGACCUCCACUCUGCAGAGAGCAGCAUACUAGCUGGGACCACUUGCCAUGUGUUACAGACUCUUAUAGGUACCCUUCAUAUCCUUUGACUAAUAACCUGAUGCAGCCCAAUUAUGAUCCUGGCAUGUUCAGAAGUAUGCCAGAAAAGAUAGAGCAGAUCUGGAGGUCACCAUGGCAAGGAAUGCCUGCUGAGCAACAGGACCAUCUGACAAUCCGAGAACAUCAGUACCAAACCUAUCGAAACCUCUGUAACAUCUUUCCAGCAGACAUAGUGCAUGCAGUAAUGGAAAAGAACCCCCAUGUGACUGACCCGCAGCAUCUUGCUGCAGAGAUUGUUGCCAAGCAACUACGAUCUGGGAGGUAAAACACAAACUAUUUGAAGGCUGAGGACCAAAUGCAGGACAGACAAAAAGAAGUCCGUUUAAUGCACAACAUUUGUGAAAUAUGAGUUGCCUAACACAGUGGGUUUGAAAUGUUAUAAAUAUCUUAAUGGUGUUCAAUUAUCAGUGGGAGUUAAGGCAGCUUUGAAGAGGAAAUGAAUACCUUACACUCUUUUUGAGCUAUGUCUCAUCAAUUUUUUUUACUAAUUUAAAUUUGCCCUCCAUUUGAUUUUUUUUUCUUGAAUUUCCCAUUCAGUCUGAUUUCAAAAUGUGUUCAGCAUUUAUGAAUAACAAAGUCUAUAUAUUAAAACAAUACAAAUUCUAAACAAAAUGAAAUCUUUAGUAGUACAAUGUUUGGAACUCAUGCAGAAAAAAAAGCACUGAAAAGCUAAAGAUGACGGUGUAAAAUCAAAUCCAGAAAUAUUUAAGUAUCCACUCAGAUUUUCAUGAUUACAUGUUCAGUAAGGUAUCCAUUUUCUGUUUAAGGUUUCCAACAAAAAGAGCUUUCUUGGUGUAUGGCAUGUCACACCAUUUCCUUUAAACCAUAAUCUCCUUAUACAGUUGGAAAAUUUGCAGCCAAAACACCUUUUUAAAAGCAUUAUAUUUUUUGUCUUCAGGCUGCACUGAUGUGCCACUAUCUUUAAAAAGCAAUGUAUAUUGCUGAAAUCUGACGAGCUUGAUAUGUUUCAAGCCAGGUCUGUGAAAAAAGUUUUUCAUGAAAGUUGAGGUCUUUAGGGGCCUUUGUUUCUUCAUGAGAAGGUCUGACACUGCCUAAAUGUUUCUUACUGUGAAACACAUGGAAUGUGAGGCUGCAGUCAGGGUUGUUUCUGACAUUUUGCCAAUGGCUUGCAAAUGCUGUGUAGUAUUUCUUACAAUGAUAUUGCAAUCAUUUAAACUUAGAACUACCAAUUUGUCAUAUAAUUUUACUUAAGAAAUUACACUGACAGAAAUGUUAACAUUUAUAAAAUGUAAACAUCUUAAAUUAGUACCUAUCCAGAAAUAGAAGGAAUAGAUUAAAAUUCCAAUAUUAUCUGGGCCUUUCUGUACCUAAUUAGCAGAUGGUUCUAAUUGCUUUGCUCUUGUAAUGACUAGUAAUUGAAUAAAGACCAUGAGAGUCCAAGGUUAAGAUCUUGGUCUGCUGAUUUGGCUGACUCUAGCCAGACAGGUAGAAGGUGCCUCAGAGAAGGGGGGCAAUAAAGUUAUCCAGGACCCUGGUCCUGAUGAGUAUUCAUUACUCCCUGUGGAGAGAUCGUGAAGAUCAGUGUAGAGCAUGGAAAGCAUCAGCUUCAACUUGAUUUUUCCUGCUUUUGCAUCGGUUUCUAGCAUUCUCUAUAUACUGUUUACUUCAGUGAGUUUUCUAGCGUGCUGCUAAUGCCAACAACAUUCAGCACAAGAGUAGUAAAAAUCAAUAAUAGAGUUGAUAUCUAAAAAUGAUGCCAGUUAUUUUGUUACACACACAGCAAAGCUAAUUUUGUAAUUUACAAUUCGAUACAGCAAACAGCAAUGCCUCGAAUGAUCAGAAAUGACCUUUGUUUGUUGAUACAAAUUGUAUCUCUUUUCUUGAUUGUAGAAAACUAUUUAUUAAAUGUACAGUUAUCAUCGGUAGAAUAGCUUUAUCAAAUCUUGCCACAAUGUUGUGACACUGUGUGUCACUGGGAGUAGCCCAUGGGUAUGUAUGAAUUUUUACUGGGCAUAAUAGUUUGUAGACCUGAAUUUUUAAUUCAUGUUGUUCAUAUGUGCACACACAUUGUGUAUAGUGUUAGUAUCAUUAUUUGUUAUGUAUUUAUUAGGAUUUAAAAAAUAUUGUUUCCAUUGAUACCUCAACCAGCUAUUCUGAUGUAACAUUUGGCUAUUUUAAAUAGCCAUAUUCACUUUAGCAGCCUAAAAUCUGAAACUAAAACCAGAUAUAUCCCAACCACCAAUGUUUUUAAAAUUUCACCUUCACAUGUGUGAUUACUCGACACUAUUCUAUAAUGCACUGACAUUAUCUCAUCCUGUUCUCUCUGUGUACCCCUCUUUUUACAGACUGAGUUUAACAAAUCUUAAUCAUAGAUGAGGAUUGUUAAUGCCAUAAAUGUGUACCUAUUUCACAAAGGCAUUAGCUCUGACAUGAGGAAUAUGGAUAGUUAAUUCAGUAGAAUUGUUAAGCUGAAUUUAUUUAGUAUUCUACAGGAAAAAUGCCUGAAAAGGUUUAUUUUUGCUUUGUUUCUUGUGUCAUGCCAAGAUACUAACACCCCUACUUUAGAAUUUUUAAAGAAUUACCAAAUCAUUGAAAUGUUUUACGGAUCAAAAUACUGUUGCACCUCACUUUGGAAUAAGAGAGAGAGCCCUUAACUAUAUUUCUGGAUAUUUUUCACAGUUCCAAUCAAUGAAGAAUAUUUUACUUAAUAAGGUUAUCCAUUUUUAUCUACCAUAAGUGGAACAUUGCUAAAUUAAAAUAUGACAUGUAAUAUUAUAAGCACAUUUGGUUAAGUGUAUGUGUUAGUCUAAGACUCACUGCCUCCUCUCAGGGAAUCAUGCAUUUAGCCUGUUCGAGAAAAUGAGUUACAGGAUUCAGAGUUUUGUAUUUUGUUUACUUUUUGUUCUAAACAUUGCAAUAUAAAGAUUCAUGUAGGGUUAACUUGAAUUUUGUGUAUCAGAACUAGGUUAUUGCAUUUAUUGAUGUCUAAUGUACAUAAUUAAAAUCAGUCAAUUUUAAUGGAAACAAUAUUUUUAAACUUACUGUCUGCACAAUGCUUGCUCUUAUUAUGAAACAGAGGGCUCCUCUCUCUGCAAAGGAAAUCUUUUAAAAGUUUCUUUAAAAGAAAUAUGGCUAAGUUUAAGCAAGCUACAGCCUCUUCUUUUGGUUGGCUUAAUUAGAAUACCAGACAUGAAUCUAUAUUGCCUCUUCAAACAAUUUUUAUGACAGUUAAAAUAUUUUUGAUUUUUAGAAAUUAAUUUGGAAAGAAUGUCAAAAAAGUAAGUACACAACUAUGUGUAGCUACUUAUAUUAAUGUAUAGGAAAUUCCAUGUAGGUUUAAAAAUCCUGGUGAAGCCAAACAAAAGGAAUGCUACAGCUUUAAGCAACAUAUUGAUAUCAAAAAUGAGAUUUUGUUUUGUCCCUGUAUUUGCAUAGAACAUUCCGUACCCUUAAAUACCUGACCUUAUUCUAUGUAAAAAUUCAGCAACCCUGUGAAAGGGCAAUACUUUUAAACCUUCCUGUUACAAUUUGGGAAUGGUUAUUUUUGCAUUAAGUGAGGAGGGUUGGAUGGUCUCUUCAACCAAUUGCAAGAAUGGCAUUAACUGCAACAUGGGCAAAAUAAGCACUGUACUGUUCAAGUUAAACACUAGUAGAAUGUUCUGAAUGCUGUUCAGUGACACCCUUGCAGUUCUUGCUUUUUCAGGUUGCAUGUAGGCCAUAAGACAUAGGAGCAGAAUUAGGCCAUUCAGCCCAUUUACAUCUUUGUCUAUUAAUAGGAAGAGAAUAGCUUGAAUGACUUCUAUUUUUUCCUGUAAAAAGCUUGUAAAAAUUAUUUUGCUUGAUUAACUGCUUUCUCUUUGCUAGAUAUCUGGAGUUUGUACAUGUUCCCAGAUAGAAUCUAAGAAGUGUAUAAUUUUCAGUGAAUCUUGUUUGAAGAGAUCAUAUAGUUUGUGGUAAAUAUGCUGUGUUUAGAUAACUUACGUACAGAUAGCUUGGUAUUGUGUGGAAAAAUAUAUAUACAUAAUAUAUAUAUUUUAUUAGAUUAGUCUGGUUGAUCUAGUUUUUGUUCUGCUCCAUAAAAAAUGAACAUGUUGGCUUUUAUCUGUAGUAAAACAAAAAAAAAACUUUGGGUUUGUAGUCCCAAACAAAAUGUAAGUCUUAAUGACAAAAUGUGUCUCUGUCUCUUUGAGAAUUAAAAAAGCAGAUGUUUUUAAGCGCUCUAUAUAUAAUCAGUACCUUUAAAUGCACAACACGUUAUGGAUAAUGUGUGAUAAAUUGAGCCAAGUGUUGAAUGGUAUAAUUAUGUUCCUGAUUUUGAACACACAGCUGACUAGCUGUUAUUUUAAUUGUAUUAAUAAAUAUAACAAGGCUGCUAAUGAUUUUCACAUUGUCAUAAUGCAAUUUUUUUGCCUAAGCGGCUUUUGUACAAUGUAAAUAUUAAAAUGGGUGCAUUCGUAAGAGAUCACUACAGUUGCUUGUUUAUGCUGCACAGUAGCAACUAGUUAAGACUGCAAAUGUUUUAUUUUUCAGUGACCAUUUCUAAAAUGAGUCAUGCUGUCACUAGCUUUACAGUACUUGUCUGCUAUAGCUAAAAUAUGUUUAGUGUGCAAUACUCAUGUCUGUGUGAUAUGCCAUCUGAAUAACCAUUAAUGGCAGACCUGUAAACUCCAGUAUUUUAUGUCCUAGUUAAGAAAGGGCAGUUCUCCCUGUAAUUAGUAUGGUACAAUGUGCUUCACACUUUGUAGAUAGUAUUACACAGUGCCCUCACCGUUCCUAACUACAAUUUACACAAGUCUUAGGAUAACACUGCAAGAUUGGCAAUCUUUAAUACAGUAUUUUGCAUCAUAUUUCAUGGCUAUUCAUAUUUCAUAUUUCAGUGUCAUUUUGGCAUUAAUUGAAAGUGGCCUUCAAAACCUACUUUGCAUACAAGCAAUGAUUUUGCAGUGCUGCCUUCCUUGGAUCAAAAUGAUAAUAUGGAGUAUGUAUUCAGGUAAUUAAUAUAUUCACAGCUUUAUGGUGAGUGCACUCUAGGAGUAGCAGGGUUGUGACAUUGAUUUCCGUGCCUUUUCAAGAAGGAUUAUGGACACAACUUUAAAUAGUUUGGUACCUCUGUGCAUCGGAAUGUGUUCCAUGAGGUGUGCAAUUUAAGAAUGUUUGAAAUUUAGUGUUUGAUGUUUGCAUGAGGAUUAUAAUUACCAAAAACAAUCCCCUACAUGGUCACGAUUAUUAUUAGUGCCAUAUAUAACCAAACUGUAGUAAAUAAAUUCUAAAACUGUAAUUUAAUACUCAAUUUAUGUGACAUGUAUUUCAAUAAAACUUAAUUUCUGGAAAUCA